AGCGAAGCCCGACCAAUGGGCGCGCGCUCGGCGGAACUCGAACCCCCACGCAACGGUCGCGCGAACCAAUGGGCGCGCGUGCACGGAGAAUGGUGGGGAGGGGUCGCUGCCUACCCCCCCCCACCACCAACAACCGUGCGCGUGAGCUGUGGGAAAUCUAAAGCGUGGUUUGUCGAGACGGUGGUGGAGGAACCGUUAUCAUGGGGAAGAGGAAGGCCGAUCUGGGCCGAGCGCUUCGGGCACGGCUCAAGGCGCGCAUGGAGAGGUCCUCGGGCUACGACUCGACGUGGGACACGAGCGACGAGGACGAGGCCGCGCAGCAGACGGACUCGAGGCCUAAGAAGGCGGAGGUUACAAAAAAAAAUAAUUCGCGUUAGGACCUUGUGUGGGAGAAGCGUGUUUGCAGCAAAGGAUCUGCAGCGGUAUCGACGUAACUAUCCGGGCACACAAGAUGACAUCCCUGCUGGAAGGAUGAUGAACUAUAAAUUUUAUCUGAACCAGUUGAGGUGCAAGCCUGGCAGCAUGCUGAUCGAGGAGAUACUCACCGACUGGUUUUCUGACUACGAGCAGCUGGAAUGGAACCACUCGUACAUCCAGUGGCUUUUCCCGAUAAGGGAGCAGGGCAUGAACCCCUAUGCAGCAGUAUUGACCAAGGAAGAGAUUGAGAAAUUCAAGGAGUCAAAGGAGGUUCAGGGCCGGCUGAUGCGGGCCUACCGCAUGAUGCUGGAUUUUUAUGGGAUCAUGCUCGUGAAUGAGGAGACUGGGGAAGUGGCACGUACGGGCAACUGGAGGACGCGGUUUCUCAACCUGAACAGCCACACGCACAACAACCUGCGGCUGACGCGCAUCCUCAAGAGUCUGGGGGAGCUGGGUCUGGAGAGGAUGAAGGCACCGCUCGUGCGGUUCUUCCUGGAGGAGACGCUGUGCAACAAGCAGCUGCCGCGCGUGAAGCAGAGCUGCCUCGAAUACUUCGUGUUCACCCUCCGCACGAAGAAGGAGCGUCGAGAGCUGCUGCUCUUCGCCCGGAAGCACUACCCGCAGCCCGACGACUUCCCGUGGGGGCCGCCCACGCACAAGCUGCCCGGCUUCAGGAAGCCGGCGGCAGAGCAGCAGCAGGAGCAGCAGCAGUGCGUAGCAGCGCCAGAGAGCGGGGGGAACGGCUCGUCCGAGCAGAAGGAACAGAAACACGACAUCGGCGCGAGCUCGGAGAUGGACGAAAGCCACGACGAUCGGAAAAUGGAUGGCGACGAAGGGAAGUCGUCGCCGCUCGGCGACGACCCCAGGCCCGAUCCUGCGCGGCCCGCGGAGUGGAGCGACGGUCCUCACGUUGCCACGGCGAGCAGCUCGACGUGUGCCGCUCACAAGGCAGAGCGGACGAAGACCGACGCGGCCACGUCGACGGAGGAAGAAGGGGAAUACAGAAGUGUGCUCACAGGCGCCUGGCGAUGCGACAAGACCGUGACACCGUGGCGAGGAGAGGGAGCGGCGACGGCGGUGAUUGCGUCGCCGGCCCCAGACGGCACCGCCACCGCCGGGAAGCUGCGUGCGGUCGUGGUGUCGCACACGACACGUCUGCAGGAAGUAUCAUCCGGCGCUGAGAAAGGUUCGCCACGGAGCAGUGGGCGCAUGGGCAGCGCUCUGCAUGCAGCCAGAAGCCCAGCUGAGAAGAGCGUGUAGAAUGAACAGUCGUGUAGCAGGAAGGAAAUCGGUGGAGUUUUCGUUAAGCUUCACCUAGUGGUAACUGAAUAACCACUGCCGGACUAUUUCACAGACGUAUUCUAUUGGUUGUGCAGAGCUCAUGGUUUCAUUUCUCUGCGCUUGCAAUUCCGGUCAAACUACGGAUUCAAACUCAUAAAGGUUAUUUGCGUAUGAAUGAUGUGCAAUAGUACGUGCGAGAUGAUGGUCUGUUCAUUUUUUCCCUCCACGUGUCGCCUUCUCGUGACAUUCACCGUCCUUGGUAUCCGGCUAUUGCAAAUAGGUUUUUUAACAUUUUUAUUUAUAUUUAAAAGUGAAAAGUACGGCGUGUAUCUGCUCAACUUUUUAAGUGUCUGCGUCAUAAGCUAUGUACAAAUAUAUUGUCUUUAAUUAACUAUGGCUAGUGCAGUGGUGAAUGAAACUGACAUAUGUGGACAAGUCUGCAUCAAGAAUUAAAAGUUUACAAAAGGCAUUCCGUCUGUGCUCGUUGCGAAUGUAUUUCCGUCCAAUCCAACGAAUACGCUGACGCUAAGCCUUCUAAAAAUUGGGACAUGCGGGCAUAAUUGGUGCCAUGAGGACAAAGGGGCUAUCAUCUCACCACACCUGGCAGACUGGUGGGGUGGUUCAUAAUGGAGUUUAUCUUCCCCCACCAAAAAGCCCCGUGUGGGUGAUUAAACAAGGGGGAAGGGAGCGAAUUGGAACAAAUGCCAAAUGUACCAAUGACUGUAUGGAAAUAUACACAUUAAAAGUAUGUCGUUGUGCAAACAUG